AUGUCCGCAGUAACAACAGAGAGCUCGCCGCUCCUGCCCGUGGCAGAGGCCAGGCCCAAAGCAAGCCGAAGCGUCACCUUCAAUCCCAACCCCGUCACCAGAACGAUCGAGGCCGAAGCCCAAGACUAUGGAUCACGACCUCGAAGCUCCCCAGGCGACAAUGCCGCCUCGGCCUCAGGUUCCUCGGCGGCGGCAGCAGCAGGAGUCGGGCCGUCAGGUCCUGUGCUCAGCGCCCUCAACUCCAAGCUGCGAAGGAGGCACAGCGCAGGCGGCCCUACUGCUAUGAUCAUGCCCGGCGCCAAGAUCGGCCCUCAGAGGUCAACAAAGAACGCACAGAAGCUCAAGCUCCUCCCCAACCCCGAGCCCGACGAGGACGGCCCCGACGAGGAGAGCGGCCGCGACGUCUACGCCCAGUACACGCGCAUCAAAGACCCUACCGCCCGGCGGGACGCAGCGCGCCUGGGCAAGGCAGACAGGAGCCGGCUGCCGAGGGUCACGGCCUACUGCACGGCGAACAAGUACGACAUGGACGGGCUGAUGAGGUUUCUCAAGGGCCCCCGGGGCAAGGCGAAGGGUGCAAAUCCAAAAUUGAUCGACGAGUGCAUAUAUUCACCGUUUAGUUACAGCAGCAAACAGGCCGAGGUGGGCCUACAGCAACAGACGAUACAUUCAAAUCCAGUACAUCCAUACGAGAGGAGGCACUCGACUGGGGAGUACGCCACCGCCGCGGCCUCGGAAGCAGGAUACCCAUUGACCCAGGACCUGAUCGACUUAAGGCAGGAGAACCAGGACUAUGAGACCCAACGGGACCCCUUCGCCGCGGAAAGAGGGGACGAGAGCGCCAUGAUUGAGGCUGCCGACUUUGAUAUUGAGGUUCACACCUCCGAGGUGUUCCUGUUUGAGUACGGCGUGACGGUAGUAUGGGGCAUGACCCUGGCACAAGAACAGCGCUUUCUUAAGGAGAUAGCCAAGUUCGAGCUCGAGAAGCUGGCGCCGGACGACGUCGAGGUCGAGUACUUCAACUUCUACUAUACCAGAGAGUACUCGGCGCGGAUAUACAACGACUUCAUCGCGCUGAGGGACAAGAACAACUACAAGGUCAAGCUGGCCAUCGCGCACGCCCUGGCGCAGAGCACCAAGACCUCACUGUUCGAGGAGCUGAUGGACUCGACCAUCGACGCCUGCAAGGACAUCCCGACCGAGAUCGCGCUGACGGGCAAGAUCGCCCUGACCCGGAAGCAGAUCCACAUGCAGAUCGGCGAGCUCUUCAUCCUCAAGCUCAACAUCCACCUGGGCGGCUCCAUCCUCGACACCCCGGAGCUCUUCUGGGUCGAGCCCCAGCUCGAGCCCGUCUACCAGGCCGUGCGCAAGUACCUGGAGAUGGACCAGCGCGUCAAGGUCCUGACGGACCGCAUGGACGUCGUGGGCGACCUGCUGGCGGUGCUCAAGGACCAGCUGAGCCACGGCCACGGUGAGAAGCUGGAGUGGAUUGUCAUCGUCCUCAUCGCAGCCGAGAUCCUGGUGGCUGCAAUAAACAUUGUUGUAGAUAUGUAUUGGGUCGAUUAG